GGCUACUACGCAUUCUUACCCGCACCCUMGAYCCGYGUUCCGCACAGCCCGGAGCCAACAACAGACAGCCCMGACCCUUAYAAACAGCAACAGCAAAGCAAAAAGAAGAUGAGCAGAUUCUGGGCGGGAGACGAUUCCUCGGACGAAUCGGCGUCCGACUCGGACUCCUCCUUUUACUCGUCGGACGAGGACGUCGGCCGCAACGCCGCCGGAAACGCCGCCAACCGGUGGGCGGACCUCUCCGAUUCCGACUCGGACGACGACGAAGCCCGCGUCGUCAAGAGCGCCAAGGACCGUGCCCUCGAGACCUUCCAAAACUCCAUCAUUGCCAUUCGCACCGCCAUGAGAAAGCGCGACUACUACGUCAUCCAGACGGAGUUUGACGACCUGGCCAAGGCCAUGAUCAAGAACAAAAAGGUCUUGCAAGCCGGGGUCCCCCGUCCGCUGGUCAAGCUSCUAGUAGAUCUCGAGGACACGUACAUUCCYGAGCGGCUCGCCGACAAGGCGGCCUUCAAGAAGCUCUCGGCGCGCCAGGGCCGUUCGCUCAACCGAAUGAAGCUCACCCUCAAGAAGCACAACAAGCCCUACGCGGUGGUCAUGGAUCACUAUCGCAAGAGCCCCGACGACGACGAUGAUGAUGACCACGUGGAUUUGCUCGGAGACGCCGCYGGCGACGACGACGAUUCGGACAGCGACAGCUCCAGCUCGAGCAGCAGCUCGUCCAGCAGCUCUUCCUCGAGUUCUUCCUCGAGUGGCAGCGACAGUGUGAGUUUCAAUUUGAUUCAUUUCGUUUCGUUUCGAGUCUCGGGUGCUUUGUCGCAUUUGUUGCCGUUGUUGCCAGUGUUUGGAUUUGUGAAUUACGUUUUGCCACGAUCAGCAUGCACGCAUCCAUCGCUGUCAUAUUACACCCAUCCGGUGUCGUCACAAGGAUGCCAAUUCAACCCUUAGGGUUUGAAUUCCUCGUUUCUGAUUGCGUGCGCCGGCUCAAUGCUCCAACAUUCGUCGCUGGCAAAGCGGCGAGGAGACGAGCKCGGUGCGAUGCAUGAGACUAACUUAUUACCAUAUUUUUGAGUGACGACACGGAUGCAGUCCAUCGAGCAGCCUUAUGCAACUCUGUGUUGCAGGUUGCAGUAKAAAUGCGAUCCUAUGCGAUGCAAUCCGAACAAGAUACACGGAGAAGAGCCCCRUUCCUCUCUUUUUCGUUCCACUCACUCUUGUUUUGUGUCCGUGCCUGGCAAUUGUUUGUAACCCUUCCUUCUUUCACACCGUCCUCAGGAUUCGGGCAGCGACUCCGACAGCGACGACAGCGAAAUCGACUGGGACGCCCCCGACUCGGACUCGGAUUCAUCCGACGACAGCGAUGACGGCCUUGGCGAGCUCAAGGGACGYGCUAAGUGGCUCAAGAAGGCGGUUGUUGUCAAGAAAAAGAAGGACAAGGACACCGGAGCCAAAACCGGAGACGACACGAAGAAGAGGGAACUCGCCCUCAAGAAGGAAGCCAUGGUGUCCUCCAAGGACCACGAAGCCAUUCGUGCCCCCAAGUCGGUCAUCCCGGUGGAGGGUUUGACAGCUGCCCUGCUCAACAAGAAGGUACAGGAAAUCGCAUCCUCGCGGGGACGCCGCGGAACGGACCCCCGCCACCUGCUCCGGCAAUUCGAGGGAUUAUCCCGCCUCGCCAUGAAGUUUGGACCCCGGGUCGAGGUUCCCAUUCUGAUGUACGUCAUUAGCGCCCAGUUCUCUCUCCAGCGCACMAUGGACGACUACAUGGACACGGCAACCUGGAAGUCCUGCUCGACCUACCUCGAACGCAUCACUAGGUUCAUUAGCGAGGAUGGAUACAAGCUCGGUGUUCAGACCAUUGACGAGGCCGACAUGAUCCUGGGAUCCGGAAAGGCCAAGAACCGCAUGAAGGCGGCUGCUGCUCUUGGCGGUGCCAUGGAAGCGGUCGCGGCAGACGAAAAGCUCGUCAACCCACACACCGGAGAGCCAGAAACCGCGGACGAACGCCUGGAACGCGAGCGCGUCGAGAAGGAGGAGGCCAUGACGGAAGAGGAGAAGAAGACCAUCCCCGUGGUCGGAUCCCUGGCCCUGCACAUGUCCCGGCUCGAAGAAGAAUACACCAAGAGCCUCCAGAAAAUUUCCCACCACACACAGGAAUAUGUCACGCGCCUCCGGGACGAAUCCAAGCUCGUUUCGCUCCUCGCCAAGGCCCAGGCCUAUUUCGAACGAGAGGGCAUGGUCAACGAAACCGCCCAGAUGGCUCAGCUUUACCUSGAACACAUUUACUACCGUCACGAUUCCAUCGGACGACAGGUCGACAAGGCCGCAGAGUUUUACGACAAGUUUGGCGAGGUCGACAUGCUCCACCCCGUSUGCGUCACCAAGCACGCUGCCACCGGUACCGAAAUUGAUACCGCUACCACCCACCCCGCAGCCAGCUCUGGAAAACCCGCCCUGGACGAUGCUGCUUCGGCCGCCGAAAAUACGGAUUACACUGCACUCGUGGGCAAGCUUUGUACCUACAUUUACAACCACGGAACCGAACAAUCCAAGAAGCGUUCGACCAUCUGCCACGUCUACCACCACGCUCUCCACGAUCGAUUCAUCGAAGCYAGGGACUUGUUGCUCAUGUCCCAUAUUCAAGAAGUUAUCUACGAUGUCGAUGACAUUACCACUAUGAUUAUGUUCAACCGAAUGAUGGUCCAGCUGGGUAUGUGUGCCUUCCGUGAUGGCCGCAUCUGGGAGUCUCAUCAGUGUCUGACCGAAAUCUGUAGCAGCCGAGUCCGUGAAUUGCUAGCACAGGGAAUGAGCAUGGGACGCUACAGCGACAAGACGCCCGAGCAAGAAAAGGCCGAGAAACGCCGACAGGUUCCGUAUUACCAGCACAUCAACCUGGAUUUGUUGGAAGGAUGCCACUUGAUCAGUGCCAUGCUACUGGAAAUUCCCAACAUUGCUGCGGCUUCGGUGGCCGGUGCCGAUCCUCGCCGUACCCGCCCUAUCUCUCGAUCCUUCCGCAAGUUYCAAGACAUUUACAGCCACCAGGUCUUCACCGGUCCGCCGGAACAAACCCGCGACCACGUGAUGCGGGCUGCCAAUGCCCUCUCGAAGGGAGAUUGGAAGACUUGUGUCGACCUGUGCACGGGCUUGGAGGUCUGGAACCUGGUUCCCGGAGAWGGUUCCGCCGAAAAGAUAAAAACCAUGCUUGCCUCGAAGAUCAAGUUGGAAGGUCUGCGCACAUACCUCUUUGCCUUUUUCAAGCAGUACGAUUCGCUCUCUCUCAGCCAGCUGUGUGCUAUGUUUGAUAUGACCAAGAACGAAGUCCACAGUGUUGUUUCGAAAAUGAUUAUCAACCGAGAAUUGCUUGCUUCUUGGGAUCAGCCAACCGAAACAAUUGUCUUGCGCAAGGCGGAUCCGAGCCCCGUGCAGAUGAUGGCUCUUCAGUAUUCGGAAAAGGCUGUCAGCUUGGUAGAAGCCAACGAACGUUUGUUGGACUCUUUCUCGGGCCGCAAGGACGACCAAUGGAGAGGUGGCCGUGGCGGAGGCCGUGGCGGAGGCCGCGGUGGCGACCGAGACGGACGAAGUGGUUACAAUAACAACAACAUGAACAACAACAACCGCGGAGGACGCGGUGGCGGCCGAGGCGGUAGAGGACGCGGCCGCGGUGGACGUGGCCGUGGAAAAGGUGGACGCGGUCGUGGAAGCAACCAGCGUCGUUACUAGACAACCAAUCGGUACAGCGGGUAUUUGAAAUUGUUUUUCACUUACCAAUAAUUUUUAGAAAAAUAACAACAACUAUGCAAC